AUGCCUGAUAACUCAUUGGAGGCUCCUUGGAAUUACUCAUUACCGCAUUAUAAUGUGGCCAAAACGUUUGAGGUGUGCGAAGAAAUGCUUAAUAAAGCCAACAUUCCAUAUUUUCCACAAUUAAAUGAUAGCACAUUAUACUGUAAUGCUACAUAUGAUACGGUACUCUGUUGGCCACCAGCUCCAGCUGGUACCAGUGUAACGUUACCUUGUCCUCCAUUAAAGGGUUUGGAUCCGACCAAGAAUAUCACCAAGCACUGCCAUUCAAGUGGGUAUUGGAUGGGACGCAAUGAAACAGACAUCGGUCCAGAUAAUGGAUGGACUAACUAUACCAUGUGUUAUACAGAAGAAGUCAUCUACAUCAUGAACAAGCUCAACAACAAAUCAUUAGCGAUAGCCCAAGAAGUUGCUCGAAAUGCUCGAAAGCUUGAGUUCGUCGGUUUAGGCUUAUCCUUAGUCUGUCUGAUUGUAUCAAUAUUUAUCUUCACCUAUUUCAGGCGAUUACGAGUUUUUCGAAAUCUUCUUCAUUUACAUUUAAUGAUAGCAAUACUAAUGGUUGUUAUAAUUCGUCUUGUAUUGUAUAUUGAUCUUAUAUUCACUGGAAAUUACGGUCCUCAUCAAAGUCCUUCAGAUGGAAAUACAAUUAAUACUAUGCCAUUUGUAUGCGAAUUUAUGUACUUUUUGCUGGAAUAUUUCAAAACAGUUGCUUUUGCUUGGAUGUUUUUGGAAGGCUUCGUACUUCACAAUCAAUUAGUCUUAACUGUCUUCAAAGCUGAGCCAAGCAUUAAACCUUAUGCUAUGGCUGGUUACGGAAUACCACUCAUCCAUGCCUUAUUCUGGCUAUUUGUUGUCUUAUUCAAGAAAGGUUUCAAAGUUGAAAGAUGUCUAGGAUCGUACUAUCUCGAACCAGAAUUCUGGAUAUUAGAUGGGCCACGUAUGGCUGAGCUUGUUGUUAAUUUCUUCUUUAUUUGUAAUGUAAUCAGAGUUUUAUGGUCGAAAGUACGAGAAUCGCACAACACAAGUGAAAUGGAUCGAAUGAAGAAAGCAACAAAGGCUGCUCUAAUGUUAAUUCCCUUACUAGGAAUUCCUAAUAUUAUGCAAACUAUACCAUUUGCUCCAACACGAUAUAAUAUUAUGGUUUUCGCCGUUUGGACAUACUGUGCAUCGUUCACAUACAUGUAUCAAGGACUUAUGAUUACAAUUAUUUAUUGUUUCACCAACAAAGAGGUAAUUAAUGUGAUAAAGAGUGUAUGGCAUCGAUAUCGCCUCCAACAUACAAGUCAAACAGACUUACGUCGUGGUUCACGCAGUAUUGCAAGCCAUUACCAAGCCAGAAAUGGACAGGUUACGCUAGCUCUUGAUAACAAGAAUGGAAAUACGCUAAGUCCUUCAUAUGUGAACCACGUCAAGAAAGGAUCAGAUGAUUCAACAACUAAGCUCAUGUCUUCUGUAACGAUUGACGAAAGUGUGAAUAACAAUGCACCCAGUGAGCUGACUCCACUUAAAUGCGAUUGUGAUGGUGACAGGAUUAUCCCUAAAAAUGGACACAUCAUCAACGACUUCUGA